CAGGGACGUAGGGCUUCUACUGGGCUGUUGGACUAACAGUUUUCCUCAGCAUGCCGACAUCAGAAUUGGCGGCCCUGUAUACCCCGGCGUUCGAGAAUGACAGUUCAGACGGAGCCCAAAAUGGAGAUGAGGGGAUGGUGGUGUUGACGGCCCGGCGGCACAAAUCUGCCUUUGUCGUACCAUCUCCCCCCGAGGAACCUGAAGACCGAGGUAACCGGUGUUCCCGGGGGGUGGGGACUCUACAGACAGCUGUGACGUCAGCCUACACCAAACAUGAGAAGGCGGUGUGGAUGGUGAUCAAGAUCCUCCUCAUGGUGGGAUACAUCGGCUACUUCGGAUAUGCGAUGUAUUACAGAUUCGGUGACGAGGGAUCCUACCGACUGAUGGUGGUCACGGUCCUGGGUGCCUUCAUCAUUCUGUGGGGUAUAGGGGGAGGCUACGUCGUGAACGGCAUGAAGAACUUCUACGGAGGCUGCUUGCGAUACCACGGCGCCAACAGAUGCCGGACAUUUCACCUCUCCCUCCGAUGGUUCCUGUACGUGUGUGCGGCUGUGUUUGUCGGUGUAUACACGGGGGUGGAGAUCGGGAAAACCCAACCCAGGAACCUCAUGUCCCUGAUUGGCAUCGCGGCCUUUAUCGUGGUCAUGUACAUCACAAGCGUCAACCCAGCCAGGGUGAACUGGCACCCUGUGUUUUGGGGGAUGACGAUCCAGUACGUCUUCGCCUGUCUGAUACUGAAGACCACGUGGGGGUACGGUGCCUUUGAGUGGCUUGGGAACAGGAUGACGGAGAUCCUGGAUUACUCUAACACAGGCGCCCAGUUUGUGUUCGGGGACAGCUAUGAGCACCAUAUGGUUGCCUUCAAGGUAUUGCCUGUCAUCGUGUACUUCAGCUCCCUCAUCUCUGUGCUAUACUAUCUCGGAGCUAUGCAGGCCAUCAUCCGGGUACUUGGAAGGUUCCUAUCAUUCUGUCUGGGGACGACGGCAACGGAGUCCCUGAACGCCGCCGGCAACAUCUUCGCUGGACAGACCGAGGCUCCUCUAAUGAUACGUCCCUUUAUGAAGACAAUGACGAAGUCGGAGUUGCACGCCGUCAUGACCGGGGGGUUCGCCACCGUAUCCGGCAGCAUCCUCGGCGCGUAUGUCACGUACGGGGUGAAGGCUAACCAUCUGCUAGCGGCGUCCGUGAUGUCUGCACCGGCAGCUCUGGCCAACUCCAAACUGACCUAUCCAGAGACGGAGAUCUCCAAAGUUAAUCAGAAAGACGUUUACAAGUUAAAGAUGGACUCACAGAACAACGUCAUUGAGGCCGCUUCUAAAGGAGCUUCCGAUGCCAUAAGUCUUGUUGCCAACGUCGCUGUCAACGUCAUGGCGUUCCUGGCGCUGCUGCAGCUCAUCAACUCCUCGUUAACGUUUCUUGGAGACAGGGUUGGCAUUGCGGGUCUCACUUUCCCGUUGAUCUGCUCCUAUGUGUUCUACCCAAUCAGUUAUGUGAUGGGUAUUGAUCCAGUCGACUGUCGGCGAAUGGCCAGGCUGAUUGGCUUCAAGACAUUUACAAAUGAGUUCGUGGCGUAUAUUGAGAUGGGGAAACUGAUAGAUAACGGUCACAUAUUUGACAACUAUACAACAACGUUACCUAACGCUACGUGGGUAACUCAACCCAAUGACGACAUCUUUUUGACGGACUGGGGCCAAACCUUAGUUGGUGGAAUUAUGCUCAAACGGUCACAGGUUAUCGCAACGUAUGCCUUGUGUGGAUUUAGCAAUCUCGGCUCCAUGGGGAUCCAGAUUGGAGGAUUAGGAGCCAUGGCUCCAUCUAGGAGCGGGGACCUGACGCAAUUAGCUUUGAGAGCCAUGAUCGCAGGCAACGUGGCCUGCUUUUUGACAGCGUGCAUUGCAGGUCUUUUCUACACUGGAGACCUGUGAACAAGCGAUACUGGGAUGACUUAAGCUAGGAACAUGGUAUUGCGGAUGGGCAUAUAUGAACGAAGUUUUGAAAGCUUAACUUGUUUAUCAAACGUUUCACUUUGUAUGAAACCGUAACUGCAAUAUCUGUUACAUAUAUUUGAAAACCGAUGAUCUAACGAUAACGAAUCUUUGCGAUAGGUUUACUCUGCAUGGUUUCCUGCCAGAACAGGAUUUCUGAAGCUACUAAGUAUUGGCUGUUAAACAAGGUGCCCCUUCUUCACCAUAUCUUUUUAUCGUGAAAAUCGUGACUAUUAUAUAUAUUUGUAUAUAUACAGCUGCACGUCCUUAUUUAUUCAUUCUAUCAGUCAUUAGUAGUGUGCAAUAUAUUACCUGGCAGGAUGAUCGAUACUUGUAAACUCUGUCUAGAUAUAUUGUCAAUUAAUUAACAUGGAAUAUUGUCAG